UUAUCAACUAGUCAACAGUAUCAGUGCUCGUUGUAUAAAAUGUAAACCCUAAUUCAACAAAAGGCUUUUCUUCCCCUUUCUCUAUUCUUCACUCGUUCGAGCUUGGAGUUCGUUCGUCGAAAUCUUCUUUAUUUUCUUCUUUUGGGCUCUAUAUAAGGGAGCUUCUAUAGGACAUGGUGAUUUAGGCAGCACCGUUGUCGCAUAUAGAGAUUUUUUUAUAUAAAUUUUGGAUACAUCAGUUGUGCAAGGACACACAUGGCUAAUUCACUGCCUGGUGACUCUUCUCAUCAUGGAACAAACCUGCAGAAUUAUUCUCAGGAAAAACUGGAGGAAGGCAGUCGUUGGUACUUUUCUAGAAAGGAAAUCGAAGAAAACUCUCCAUCCAGACGUGACGGCAUUGACUUGAAGAAGGAGACUUACUUACGUAAAUCCUACUGCACAUUUCUACAAGAUUUGGGCAUGAGACUGAAAGUGCCCCAGCUAACAAUUGCUACAUCAAUAAUUUUCUGUCACCGAUUCUUUCCACAAUCCCAUGCAAAGAAUGAUAGGAGGACUAUUGCCACAGUUUGUAUGUUUCUUGCGGGGAAGGUGGAGGAGACUCCCCGUCCACUGAAAGAUGUUAUCCUUGUUUCUUAUGAAAUCAUUCAUAAAAAGGAUCCUGAAGCUGUUCAGAGGAUCAAACAAAAGGACGUAUAUGAACAGCAGAAAGAAUUGAUUUUACUUGGAGAGAGAGUUGUUCUUUCAACUCUUGGUUUUGAUCUAAACGUGCAGCACCCAUAUAAACCUCUUGUUGAUGCGAUAAAGAAAUUUAAGGUUGCUCAAAAUGCCCUUGCUCAGGUGGCAUGGAAUUUUGUGAAUGAUGGACUGCGCACAUCUCUUUGCUUGCAAUUUAAGCCUCACCACAUUGCGGCAGGUGCCAUUUUUCUUGCUGCAAAGUUCCUCAAAGUAAAGCUUCCAUCAGAUGGAGAGAAAGUUUGGUGGCAAGAGUUUGAUGUUACCCCACGGCAAUUGGAAGAGGUGAGCAAUCAGAUGCUUGAACUCUACGAACAGAAUCGACCUUCUACUAACAAUGAAGCUGAAGGAAGCACUGUAGGUGGGGUUACACAUCAGACCACAUCAAAAGCUUCAUCUGGCAAGGAAGAUCAUGCAACAACUAAUAGUCAUUCUCAGGCUGGAGGUAUAAAUUCAAGACAUGGAACCUCAAAGUCAAUGUCACUUGCAGAUAAUUGUGGUGGGGCACCAAGAGCCACCCAUAAUCAAGGUAAUGAACAUGCAAGUGGAGAGAUGAAGAAUCCUUCAGAUCAUAAUGCUGAUGGCGAGUCUUCAGAUUAUGUAGACCAAGGAAUAGUGGUGCCUCGCCAUGAGAAUAUGGGGGAAGCUCAAAACACAUGGAGACAUGCAUCCCAUGGAAAAGAAGAUCAAGAAAGGAAUGCUGCAAGAAGUGAAAUAAGUGAAACAGGGGAAUUAAAAGACAAACAUUUUGGUCGAAAUUUGGAAAACAGAGAAGGUACAGUAGGCCAUUCACCCCAAGAUGCUAUUAAAAAGAUUGACAGAGACAAAGUAAAGGCAGCGCUGGAGAAACGGAAGAAGUCAAGGGGUGAUGUUACAAGGAAAACUGACCUCUUGGACGAGGAUGAUCUCAUUGAGAGGGAACUGGAAGCUGGUAUUGAACUAGCUGCAGAGAGUGAGAAGAGUAAGCGGGACAGGAGGCAAAGCUAUUCUAAGCCCUUGGACAGGCAUGAGCAUGAAAACCUACAUCAUGAAAAACAUCAAGAGGAUGCAGGGGAUGGAGAAAGUCGAGGAAUGAAGGGGCAUUUAUCACAUAAAUCAGAUUUGAACAUGGAAGAAGGUGAAGUUCCCGAUGACAUGGACCAGGGCUUGCAUUCACCCAAAUCAAGCAAACGCAAGCGAAAGUCAUGGAGCCCACCAGACAAGAUGCCUGAGGGCAAGCAUUGGAAUGAUUAUGUGCCACAUCAUUAUAAUAAUCACGACUACUUAGACGACCGUAACAGGAUGAGCAGGCUUGGUUAUGUGGAGAGGGAUCACUGAAGGCAUGCACCAGAAAAUCACGCCUGGGGGAUGUCUGUCCUCUGAAGCACAUAUUGAGUAGAGUUUCUCAUUGGAUGGAGGUAAUUGUUUAGAAGAUCACAGUUGCUGUCAGCUGUCAUCAGUCCUGUAGGGAGACGAUAACAAUAUUUGGUAUAAACGAUGGAGGACUUUUUUCUUUUUCAGUUGAUUAUUUGGACCGACUUUCCAUAUAAUUUGUAAGAAAUGAGUCUAUCGAAGUUCUGACGCGACUCGCUUUACCCACCAUGCCUUUGCCCGCCGGUCUCUCUUUGGAAUGCUUGGAAUCAUUAUGAUCCAUGGAUAAUAAAGAUGAUAAUUUUGUAGAGGAAUUAUGAUCACACUGUUAAAGAACUUGUAGAGUUGGAAUUUUUAGCCGUAUUCAAUCAUGAAAGCUCUUCUUGCUAUUA